GCAGGAAUUGCAUUCUUGAAGAGCUAGUUGUUGCAGUCCGCCUCAACAUGCACCAAAUCAAUUCCCACGAUGUACUUGUUCGUUUGACAUUUGUGGACGCAACAAGGCGAUAAUUUCUGAGCCUUGGAAGCCAAAUGCUACGCAGAACUGAACAUUGCUGGAAAAGGUGUCAUCAGGGGCAUGAGGCUGCCACCCAAUUGGCAGCUGUUGCGCACCAAUGAUGGCCGGAACUAUUUCUGGAAUCCGGAGACCAACCAGACAACCUGGCGUUUCCCACAGGAGGAUGUGGGCGCUCCACAUCCUUUGCAAAAGCCGGUGAGCACUUUCCGUGGGUACACAGAGGUUCCACCGUUCCGCCCAAAGGAGCGGAGGUUCUCUGUUGAUGGCCGCUGCUUCCUGGUGGAAUGCAUGCCGGCAGAUCACAGUUGUGGAUUUCACGGCAUUGGGGUGGAUCGGGAGACCGCCUCCUCACUUCUUUUCGCAAACUUACAUGACCCGGAAGUGGAGGAGUUUUUGGCCCGUGACCUGCUCGCAGCUUUGCAGACCGGCAAUCGGAGUUCCUUUCCAGUGCAGCUUCGCGAACGGCCGGAGCUUUGGGAGAUGCUGGACAAGGUCUAUGACAAGCAGAAGGCCUUGGAUCACCAACGACGGGAGGCAAAAGCCUUCAUUCGGGAUGCAGGCGCUUCUAGCCCGGUGCAGGUGCAGGCUGAGGAAAGUGUGGAAACAGCAAUCAGAAGCUGCUUCCAAGAGCUCAAGGCAAAGGUGAGGCAGCAGCCCUCAUCCUUGAAGCUUUUUACUCUUCAGCUCCUAGCACAAUGCAAGUCACAUGAGCGAGAUGUGGACCAUGCGAAUGAGGCCAGCAAGAAGGGUUCCGCUUCAGACCAGAGACCGACUCCGGAGCCUCGGAGCCUCGGCCUUGCGAGAAGUCUUGGAGGUAUGCAAGAAGCAUGUGGCAGCGUACGUUGCCUGGGUCAGAAGCGAUUCCACCUUUUGGCUUUCCUUUCUCCGAGCACCCGAAGGCGACCGUGGCGGGGGUCUCUUGGAUGCUGUGGCCAAGGUCGCUUGCCUCACUGUCCGGGUUUGGGGCGAAGGCGCCAGGGGUGUCGCUCCACGACUGGUUUUGCUCCAUACUGCACCCUUCGGUGGCCGUGAAGUGGACCUCUGGUACAAAGAUUUGAGCCACUUCGAUCGGCUGGUGCCCAUAGACGGUCCAAACUGACGCCAAGUGGGCGGCAGAAUUUUAUGUUCAAUGGGUCCCAUGAAGGACGUGUUCUUGAGAUCUCAACCUGUGGCCAGCGACUUCGCCUGUAAGUUGCCUGUACAGACCAUCGCAGCUGCCGCUGCCGGCAGGAUGCUUAGAUUUCACCCUUAGCUACUCCAGGAUGCUUCCGCUCGCGGGACAGAUUCUUUUUGCGCAUGCUAGAUCGCGUGGGCUA